UAUAGAUCUAAGGCCAAAACAAAGCUAAAUUCAAACCGUAGGAUUAAAUUUCUCACAAACGAGGGCGAAGAAUGUCGUUUCUGUGGGAGAAGAGCGAGUCAUGGAGAUGGAUAGUGAGGAAAACCAGAGAUUCAAAGCCUUUCUUCUUGGCCUUCGCCACCGUCUGCGGCGUCGUUCCCGGCGUUAUUGGCUACUGCGUUAUGCAGGCCACCAAUUCCCGCAACGAGCAACUCGAAGCCCGCCUCCGCCAGAAUGCUAGACCUGAAUCUCUCAUGAUGGGGAGAGUGAAUCGAGAGAGACUGGCAGAAUAUCUAGGCGAGUUGCAGAGGAAAGAGGACACAAACGAUCGCUAUGUUGCUGCUUUGAGGGGAGAGACAUUGACAAGGAAGCCAUAUGUGAGAAUCCAACCAAUCCCCCCAAACCAAAGCAACGAGGUCGCUGACAAGAACCAACAGGUCAAGAAGGAAAAUAAAUAAACGGGUACGUGUGGGUUAGAUUUUGUAAUGCAAUCUUACUGUUUUAGGGUUUGUUUAUCCUUGCAGGACAGGCUCUUAAAGCUUAAGAACUUUGUAUCCGGAGGCCUUGUUUAAUUCAAAUGCUUUAUGUUACUAUGGAGUUAGUCCU